CUGGCCGCCAAGGGCCCUGGAGGCUUUUGGGAUGGUUCCCUCCCACGGGAGGAUCCCCGUUCUCACGGCCCAGCCUGUCUGGUCCCCAAGACAGCUCUGGCCUCUGGAGCCGGUUCUUACGGUCAUCGCUCAGCAGCCGUGUCCCUCCCCCACCGAGUCCCCAGGGCCUGGCUGGGACAGAGGUGGAUGUGGCCCAGAGUUGGCUUUGAUGGGAGGGGUUGGGGCUGCCACCUUGUCCCCUGCUGGCUUGAGGAAUGGCAGCCCUGGCCUAAGUCCUGGUUGCCGGAGGGAGGAGGCCGAGUCAGCCCUGGAGCACGUCAGGACCUAUGACAGGGACACUGAGGUAGCCGAGCCGGCUCGCCACCACCUACGUCACGUGCCCGGCUGUGACCUUGAAGGGACAGAAGGGUGGGAAAUGGCCAAAGGCCGUAGCCAGGCCCACGCGCCCCCGAGUCCCCCAGCCCAGCACUGGGCACAGGGUGGGCAGGCCACAGAGCUCUAGGAAAGCCCCAUGCUGAGGCGCAUUUUCCUGUCCUCUGGGAGCCAAGUCUGUCCUCAGGAGAGAUCGGGCAGCAGUUGCUCUGCCUCCUCCUCCUGGCCGGCCUGGCCCAGAGCUCUCUGGGACUUGGCUAAGCCCCCUUCAAGGGCGUCUGAAGGGAGCACCCUCCUGACUGCCAAGGUGGGGGCAAGGGUACAGGGCUGUCCCUGCCCAGCACAGCUUGGCCCCGUCAUCUCCAUGGAAUGUCACCUGUGGGGCCAGGCAGGCUGAGCAACUGGCUGUCCUCCAGGGAGACGCCUCUUGGGAGCCCUCACCCUGGGCACCACCCCACCCUACCCCGCCCCGCCCCACGUCUGGACGCACUCGAGGAAGUGGGCACCAGCGGACAGGGAAGGGCAGAGAAGGCCACCAUGGCGACACUCCUCUCCCAUCCACAGCAGCGCCCUCCCCUCUUGCGCCAGGCCAUCAAGAUAAGGCGCCGCAGAGUCAGAGAUCCACAGGAUCCCCCGCCCCAAAUGGCCCCGGAGAUCCGGCCUCCGUCCCACCACUUCUCCCCCGAGCAGCGGGCCCUGCUCUACGAGGACGCACUCUACACUGUCUUGCACCGCCUGGGUCAGCCUGAGCCCAACCAUGUGAUGGAGGCCUCUGAGCUGCUGCGAUACCUGCAGGAGGCCUUCCACGUGGAGCCCGAGGAGCACCAGCAGAUGCUGCAGCGAGUCAGGGAGCUUGAGAAGCCAAUAUUUUGUCUGAAGGCAACAGUGAAACAGGCCAAGGGCAUUCUGGGCAAAGAUGUCAGUGGGUUCAGCGACCCCUACUGCCUGCUGGGCAUUGAGCAGGGGGUAGGCGUGCCGGGGGGCAGCCCCGGGUCCCGGCAGCGGCAGAAGGCUGUGGUGAGGCACACCAUCCCCGAGGAGGAGACCCACCGCACGCAGGUCAUCACCCAGACACUCAACCCCGUCUGGGACGAGACCUUCAUCCUGGAGUUUGAGGACAUCACCAAUGCGAGCUUUCAUCUGGACAUGUGGGACCUGGACACUGUGGAGUCUGUCCGACAGAAGCUUGGGGAGCUCACGGAUCUGCAUGGGCUUCGCAGGAUCUUUAAAGAGGCCCGGAAGGACAAAGGCCAGGACGACUUUCUGGGGAACGUGGUUCUGAGGCUACAGGACCUGCACUGCCGAGAGGACCAGUGGUACCCCCUGGAACCCCGCACUGAGACCUACCCAGACCGCGGCCAGUGCCACCUCCAGUUCCAACUCAUCCACAAGAGGAGAGCCACCUCGGCCAGCCGCUCGCAGCCCAGCUACACGGUGCACCUCCACCUCCUGCAGCAGCUUGUGUCCCACGAGGUCACCCAGCACGAGGCAGGAAGCACCUCCUGGGAUGGGUCGCUGAGUCCCCAGGCUGCCACCAUCCUCUUUCUGCAUGCCACACAGAAGGACCUGUCCGACUUCCACCAGUCCAUGGCGCAGUGGCUGGCCUACAGCCGCCUCUACCAGAGCUUGGAGUUCCCCAGCAGCUGCCUCCUGCACCCCAUCACCAGCAUCGAGUACCAGUGGAUCCAGGGUCGGCUCAAAGCAGAACAGGAGGAGGAGCUGGCCACCUCAUUCAGCUCCCUGCUGACUUACGGCCUCUCCCUCAUCCGGAGGUUCCGCUCCAUCUUCCCCCUCUCUGUCUCGGACUCCCCAGCCCGGCUGCAGUCUCUUCUCAGGGUCCUGGUACAGAUGUGCAAGAUGAAGGCCUUCGGAGAGCUGUGCCCCAACACUGCCCCAUUGCCCCAGCUGGUGACUGAGGCCCUACAGACUGGCACCACUGAAUGGUUUCACCUGAAGCAACAGCACCAUCAACCCAUGGUGCAGGGCAUCCUGGAGGCAGGCAAGGCCUUGCUGGGCCUGGUACAGGAUGUCAUUAGUGACCUGCACCAGUGCCAGCGCACAUGGGACAAGAUCUUCCACAAUACCCUCAAGAUCCACCUCUUCUCCAUGGCUUUCCGGGAGCUGCAGUGGCUGGUGGCCAAGCGGGUGCAGGAUCACACUACGGCUGUGGGUGAUGCAGUGUCCCCAGAGAUGGGCGAGAGUCUGUUCCAGCUCUACAUCAGCCUCAAGGAGCUCUGCCAGCUGCGCCUGAGCUCCUCAGAGAGGGAUGGAGUCCUGGCCCUGGAUAAUUUCCACCGCUGGUUCCAGCCGGCCAUCCCCUCCUGGCUGCAGAAGACGUACAACGAGGCCCUGGCGCGGGUGCAGCGCGCUGUGCAGAUGGAUGAGCUGGUGCCCCUGGGUGAACUGACCAAGCACAGCACAUCAGCGGUGGAUCUAUCCACCUGCUUUGCCCAGAUCAGCCACACUGCCCGGCAGCUGGACUGGCCAGACCCAGAGGAGGCCUUCAUGAUUACUGUCAAGUUUGUGGAGGACACCUGUCGCCUGGCCCUGGUGUACUGCAGCCUUAUAAAGGCCCGGGCCCGUGAGCUCUCUUCAGGCCAGAAGGACCAAGGCCAGGCAGCCAACAUGCUGUGUGUGGUGGUGAAUGACAUGGAGCAGCUGCGGCUGGUGAUCGGCAAGUUGCCCGCCCAGCUGGCAUGGGAGGCCCUGGAGCAGCGGGUAGGGGCUGUGCUGGAGCAGGGGCAGCUGCAGAACACGCUGCAUGCCCAGCUGCAGAGCGCGCUGGCUGGGCUGGGCCAUGAGAUCCGCACUGGCGUCCGCACCCUGGCCGAGCAGUUGGAGGUGGGCAUCGCCAAGCACAUCCAGAAACUGGUGGGCGUCAGGGAGUCCGUCCUGCCUGAGGAUGCCAUUCUGCCCCUGAUGAAGUUCCUGGAGGUGGAGCUUUGCUACAUGAACACCAACUUGGUGCAGGAGAACUUCAGUAGCCUCCUGACCCUGCUCUGGACCCACACGCUCACAGUGCUGGUGGAGGCGGCCGCCUCCCAGCGCAGCUCAUCCCUGGCUUCCAACAGGCUGAAGAUUGCCCUGCAGAACCUGGAGAUCUGCUUCCACGCUGAGGGCUGUGGCCUGCCGCCUGAGGCCCUGCACACUGCCACCUUCCAGGCUCUGCAGAGGGACCUGGAGCUGCAGGCGGCCUCCAGCCGGGAACUCAUCCGGAAGUACUUCUGCAGCCGAAUCCAGCAGCAGGCAGAAACCACCUCUGAGGAGCUGGGGGCUGUGACAGUCAAGGCCUCCUACCGUGCAUCUGAGCAGAAGCUGCGUCUGGAGCUGCUCAGCGCCUCCAGCCUGCUGCCCCUGGACUCCAACGGCUCCAGCGACCCCUUUGUCCAGCUGACCUUGGAACCCAGGCAUGAGUUCCCUGAGCUGGCCGCCCGGGAGACCCAGAAGCACAAGAAGGACCUUCACCCAUUGUUUGAUGAGACCUUUGAAUUCCUGGUGCCUGCUGAGCCGUGCCGCAAGGCUGGGGCGUGCCUCCUGCUCACCGUGCUGGACUACGACACGCUGGGGGCCGACGACCUGGAAGGCGAGGCCUUCCUGCCACUGCGUGAGGUGCCUGGGCUGAGUGGCUCUGAGGAGCCUGGUGAGGUGCCUCAGACCCGCCUGCCCCUCACGUACCCCGCACCCAAUGGGGACCCAAUCCUGCAGCUGCUGGAGGGCCGGAAGGGUGAUCGAGAGGCCCAGGUCUUUGUGAGGCUGCGGCGGCACCGGGCCAAGCAGGCCUCCCAGCAUGCCUUGCGGCCUGCACCGUAGCCGUAGAGGGGCUGCCAGCAUCCAGGCCAGGAAGCCUGGAGCCAAGAACCUUCUGGCUCUGAGGGAGCAAGAGCUGGCAGGCGGCGGGGCUGGCACGGACAGACGGAAGCAGAAAGGACAGUUUGGCCGCUGUGUCUGCUGCGCACGCCUCCUCCCCGGACAGCACCUGCCACCUAGAAGCUUUCUUAGCAAAAAAAUUAAUAAAAACCAAUCCAUUGUCCUCUUAAAA